AGAACUUCCGGGAACAGAGGCGGACCCUUCCAGGACAUUGCCCCGAUCGCCCCCACCACGCACCACCACAGCGCCGCCGGCCAAUUCCAAGGCGUUCAAAUCUCGCUCUUCUCUUCUCUCUCUCUUAUGUCGCUGCUUCUCUGCAGCUCCCAUGGCGUCUAAUCCUCAGCCCCCCUCUUCAGCUACUCCCCCACCAAAACCAUGGGAGAGAAGCGGUGCCUCUUCUGGUCCCGCGCCUUUUAAACCGCCAUCUGCUGGCAGCACCAGUGAUGUGGUUGAGGCUUCAGGAACUGCAAGACCAGGAGAAAUUGUUGCAUCCACUGACAGGACCACCGCUCCUAAUACGAAUGCUCUGGGAAGGCCUGUUCCUACAAGGCCAUGGGAGCAGCAGAGCUAUGGGAAUAAUACCUAUGGAGGUUAUAAUUCCAGUUUGAAUUACGGUUCGGGUUAUGGUACUGGAAUGUAUGGUGGAGUAGGUGGAAUGUAUGGCAGUAGUAUGUAUGGUAACUCCAUGUAUAGGGGAGGCUACGGAGGCCUUAAUGGAUCCUCUGGACUCUAUGGUGGUGGAAUGUAUGGUGGUGGAUUUGGAGGACCAAUGGGUGGCUAUGGAAUGGGAACGGGAAUGGGAAUGGGAAUGGGUGGUCCUUAUGGAGGGCAAGAUCCAAACAAUCCAUAUGGUGAACCAUCUUCUCCUCCAGGGUUUUGGAUAUCAUUUUUACGGGUGAUGCAGGGAGUGGUAAACUUUUUUGGCCGCAUUUCAAUUCUUAUUGACCAAAAUACUCAAGCCUUCCACCUGUUUAUGACAGCACUUCUUCAGCUUUUCGAUCGGUCUGGAAUGCUAUAUGGUGAGCUUGCUAGAUUUGUGUUCAGGCUGCUGGGGAUCAGGACAAAGCCCAGGAAAGUCCACCCACCAGGCCCUGACGGACGUCCACUUCCUGGACCGGGCAACCCUCAUGCCAUUCAGGGCUACACUGAGGGACCAAAAGCUGCUCCAACUGGUUCUUGGGACAAUGUUUGGGAAAAUGAUGCCUCUAGAUAAUGUCGGAUUAGCUAAGUUGCCUGAGUGCACACAACAUAAUUGCUGUGCAUGCGUGUGCAUGUGUGGAUUCUCGAGCAGACUGGAUCUGUGUCGUGCGUUAGUGUAAUUUGUUAAUUGUGCAGAAAGCACAUCUGAUGAAUAAUAAAAGUUCGCUAGCUUGGUUGAGAAAUCUUGAUUAUAGUCGCAACAGCUCCCUGAAAGUGUUAAG